AUGAACAAUUCUCAUUCUAAAUAAUAAUAUACAUUUCCAAGAACUUAAAGAUUUGGGGGUACUUAUAAAAGCUAUUGUCAAGCUGGAUUCUAUACAUUAGGAACUACCCUAAACAACCGCUCUACAGGUUUCGGUAAAGGAAAUAAAAGCGAUUUUACGAAAAUGGAUAAGAAUAAACCAGGACCAGAUCGAUAUAAAGUUUCUAGUAUAUUCGAUAAAGAGUAAUCUAAACAAAAGGGAAUAGCUUUUAAAUUAGGAAGACAAGAAAUAGCAUUUAGAAGAAUGAAUGAAUAUACGAUAUCUCCAGGGCCAGGACAUUAUGAAUAAGAUGAUUCAAAAUAAAAUAGAUUAUAUCAAUAUUCUAUGGGAAAAAGAACUUUAAAUUAACAAUUGAUUUCUACUGCAUUAGAUAAUCCAGGGCCUGGUACUUAUUAGGUGAAAGGAUUAAAUAAGUCAGGAAAAUAUUUCGUUUCUAAUUUUUCGAAUAGUAAGGCUCCGGUAUUCUCGAAUUCUUAAAAUGGAAGAUUUUAUGAUUUGUAUAAACCAAAAAAUAUACCUGGGCCAGGUUAUUAUGAAUAUGAAAGUAUUAAAAAAUAAGGAGUUUAUUAUAAUUCGAAAUUGAAAUCUAUUUAAGGAGGAAAGUUUGGACAUAAUAGCAAAUAAAAAGAAAAUAAUAUUGGAAUAUAAUAUCCUGGACCUGGGGCAUAUAGAAUUUUAUCAGAAUUCGGAGAUGUAGAAUUUCCUCCUGUUUUUAAAAAUUAAAAUAAGUUUAAGAAGAUUUGA